UGACAAUCUACCAUCGACAGCCUGCAUAGUUUCCCUCACUCGUUCUCUCGCCAGACUAGUCUACUGCUCGUCCUGAUCGCUACGCGCUUCUUUAGCAGCCUCUCCUGUUCAAUCUCCAACCUGAUCGCGACAUGACCACAGCCGGUGGUAACAAUUCCACUCUACCCCGGUAGCCCCGUUGCGUCGCAUUAAAAGCAAAAAGUCCGCGCAACAUGGCACCUCCACCUCAGAGGAUCAUUGAGGACGAGGAGGAAUUCCUCAACGAUGUCGCAGCUUUCCAUGAAAAACGAGGGACCAAUUUUGACCGCGAUGGAAAGGUCAGCGGCCGUCCAAUAUCUCUUCACAAAUUGUACAAGCUGGUCCUUGCUAGAGGCGGCUACGAUGCACUGUCAGCAGAGCGCAUGCAAUGGCGAACCUUGGUUAGAGAGUUCGGGUUUGGCAAGAAUCAUGAAGGCGUCAUGACAUUUCAACUGAAAACUGUGUAUUACAAGAACCUUGCGGCCUAUGAAAUCGCGACAUACUGGGGCGAAGAGCCACCUCCAAAAGAGAUCUUAGAGGAUCGAAGUGCGAAAGGAGGAAACUUGCGGACAAGAACUCUCGAGAACUAUGCUCCCGCCAGCUCACAGGCGAAUGAGCCUGCGACUGCGGCACUCGAUGGCAACUUUGAUUCUGCCGAUGAGGAACAGGUGACGCCUAAGCAGGAGAAGACAGAAUCCGAAGAGCCGGGAAGUGCAAGCAGAUACCCUAUGCGUCAAUUGAGACAAGAUCCCAAGCGCACUCAAAUGUACCAACCAGAGACUCAACCAGCACGCACGCGUAACAUUCGAGCCACAGACUCUCCAUCUGCGCCCCCUGUACAACAGCAAGUCUAUCAGAACACUGCCAGCGACCCUUACAACCCAACAUUUGACUGGUUCAACAAUUACAAACCAAGCCUGAGCAGACCACUGACUCUUCAGCAAGUGAAGACACCUGGCAAUGACCCCGAAUUCCACACAAACAAGGCCAAACAAAAGUUGCAAAAGGAGUUGGAGAAGGACCCGAGAAAAUUGAGGGAAGCCGCACGAAAAUUCGAGCUGCUACCUGGUCUUGAUGAAAAGGAUUCCAGAAAAGUCGUGCCUACAGGGCUCAAUGGUCCGAACAUCUAUCAACGAUGUCUCUAUGGUCUGCGAUCUGGUAUUCCAGAAGAGGAGGAGUUUGCGCUACACCACCUCGUCAAAGUCUCAUGUGAGCGUGGUGACAAGUACAAGUUUGAAGGAUUCCCAUACCUUGCCGAGUCCCUGCUGGAGAAGGCAUUGCAGAUAACCGAGCUCGUGUACGGCGUGAAAUGGGAUGUCACCUACGACGAGGAUGAUGAAGGACUCCCCCUGAAUACGUUGAACGCCGCUUUCGGAACGAAGAAUCUCCUGGAGCGUAUUCAGCUUACUUCAACAAAUGUGGUUGACGAAAAUGUGGAAGAUACCGACACAUCUCGGAAACUGGACCGCCUGAAGGAGACCAUCCUUGUACUUCGGAACAUGGUCACUCUCGCGGACAACGCGAUCUUUCUAUCAAGAUUUCCGCUGUUCAAAGACUGUCUUACUAUCGCCAUCACUCUGCCCGACCAACCUCGCCUGACCGAGUUCAAACUAUCUGCGCUGGAAGUUCUGGAACAUGUAACCAGAUACUGGGCGCUGGUACCAAAAGAUCCCCUGUAUCUAUCGUUGAUACCCUACAUGGAGUCUAGCGAUCGAGCAACGCUCAUUUCGGCCAUUCGGGCCAUCAACAACAUCGGCAUCGAUACGCCAGAAAUUCACCGCUUGACCGACAUACCAAUUGCGACCGUCAACCAAUUAUUCAAUUUCACUCUCCUGGACGAUGAUUUGCUUAUGGAGACCACACUGGACUUCCUCUACGAAUACACAGCCAUGCCGGAGAAUAACACCGAGCUAUUGACAAAGAUUCCUUGGCUGCUACCCAGAAUGGUCGGCCGCUUGACGUCCCUCCUGCUGCAUGAGUCUAUCACGCGUGAAGAAUCCAUAAUAGCCAGGCAGCCUGCGAAAACGUCACCACUACCAUGUCCAGUACCAACCAUUGCCAACGAACUCUACGUUGAGCUCUUGCGAUAUCACGAACCGGAGCGAUCUUCCAGAUGGCUACGGUGCUGCUUUGAAGAGUCUCCGAAUGACGACAUAACGCAAAUCGCCAUUUGGCAAGCUUACCAGCAGAGAUUCGUACAGCACAACCCCAUCCCUGCCGCCGACUUCAUUAAGAACGUGUCGACCACCUUCAGCACGGCUCAAGCGCAGGUCAUUAACAGCCCAGUUCAAGCGAGGUUCAUCAUCAAGGGUAUCAAGCCUCGCAGAGUAUUGGUCGACGUGCAUGGUCGCCCAUACUACAAGUGUCUCUGGCACAUCACUCAUCCAGAGCAAGGGGACCAAGCAUCGCGCCUGACGCAAAAGUAUUUGUGCAGCACCUGGUACUCCAGUCGUGAGAAGUUGCUCGCUCACCUCAUAUCCGAUCACAUGGGAAUUCAAAGAACAGUUGAAGGUCAAUUCGCAGAGAAAGACUUGCCGAACCACCGGAUCUGUCGAUGGCAUCAGUGUAAGCAUCGAUCUCCGUUCGCGACUGGCCGCGAAGUCACACUCCAUCUCUCUGUGCACAUCCCGGCGACGCCCGAGGCCAUGUCCAAGCUACUGCAUGAAGUGGCGUUCGAUGGGAGAGAGCCGGAGCCCACCACCAUCAAGCAUCACAUCCAUUACACGGCUUUCGAUACCGAAGUGCAUCCUCCCCAGCCAUGUGGGAUUGCGUGGAUGAGCGUCAUGAUAUUGCGCAAUCUCGCUCGGUAUGCGAACAAGCAUGGUCAACCGUUCGAAAAGGAUGGUGUCAAACUUAUUGAGCAGUUGUUCGGCAGCCAUAAGUACGCGCUGUUCAAGAACCUGGCCUCCAAUAAAACUCUGGGAAAUUACAUCUCGGAUCUGAUGCAGUUGUUGGACAAAGCUGAAAACGAGGAAAAGAGAGGUACAAAGAGAGAACGUGAAGAAGAUGGAGAAACUACUGCUUGAGUGGCGGCAAAGGAGAGAACAUGAAGAAGAUGAAGAGAUUACUGCUUGAGUGAUCAGGUGGUGGUGCUCCUUGGUUGAUCAUCAAGGACAUGACGACGUGGACACUCUUGUGACAUGUGUGAAUGGUCUAAGGGGAAUCGGGAAUCAGGUUCGAUUGAUUUUUGACACCGUAUGUGCGUAUGUGUUGAGCUUGGGAAGGAAAAUCGAAAUCAAAAUGGCAGCAUGGCGCUGGUUGGGUUGGGUUGGGCUGGUUCAGCAUCUGUUGGUGUGACUGAGGACCUGGAGAUCUCUUAGGUAUGGUUCACGAACCGGCCUGGAUCUAGGGGUAUCGGCUCGAGCUGCUGCUGCGCCCCGUCACUUGUUGUAGAUUACAUUGAUGUUAGUGUAGGACUACUAUCACACAAUGCUUUGAGCUACGUGAAUUGGGCUUGAU